CCCGCUAUCACGUGGUGUCCUGCCCUCCCCGUACUUGUGACACGCGAAGCGCUCAGUAUGUCUCUUCCGUGCCGCCGUACCUAUCAAUUCUUUUUCCCUCAGUAAAGAUGGCGGCGCCUAUGGACACGACUGGCAGCGGGAAUAGUGAAGAUAAUAUUCUGUAUGAUUUGCUAAUAAACACAGAGUGGCCCCCGGAGCCCGAUGUGCAGCCUCGAGGUGGCCGUGAACAUGGAGCAUCAUUUGUCCUCACAAAGGCUAUUACAGCUCCAGCAUAUUACUUCCAGCAGCUUCUCUGGUACAGCCCAGCUAAAUUCUGUCUUCAACCCGGCCUCGUCCGCCUUGUCAACAAGCAAAUCAACUGGCAACUGGUGCGGACCAGUAACGGAAAGCUUUUGGCAGCGAUUCAGGACCAAUGCAUCGAAAUUAGGUCUGCGAAAGAUGACUUUGGCUCAGUUAUAGGAAAAUGUCAAGUUCCUAAAGACCCCAAUCCUCAGUGGAGACGCGUGGCGUGGAGUCAUGACUGCACCUUGGUGGCUUAUGCCGAGAGCACUGGGACCGUUCGGCUCUUUGAUCUUAUUGGCAGUGAACUCUUCGUCAUCCCUCCGCAAGCCAGCUUCCCCGGGGACAUGAGUUAUGCUGUUGCUGGUCUGAUCUUCCUGGAGUAUAAAGCGAGCACGCAAUGGUCAGCCGAACUUCUAGUCAUCAAUUACCGGGGGCAGCUGAAAAGUUAUCUAGUGAGCGUUGGAGCCAACCACAGCUAUCAAGAGAGCCACAGCUUCAACUUUGGAUCCUAUUAUUCUCAUGGGGUUUCCUCAGUCAUGUAUCUCCCUAAACACAGGCUCCUGCUAGUUGGAGGCAGCGAGACAAAUGAAGAUGGAGUGUUGGAGGCGACGCAGCGUGGGCUCACCUCCUGGAGAGUACUCUCCGGUGCCCCUCAUUACAAACAGGUCACUAAUUACCAGGACGACGUGGGCACGGCGCUGAAGGGAAAAGGAUUGUGGAGGAUUAUUAAGCUGCGAUUAUCUAACAGACACGGAACUGAACAGGAUGGUAUUUUUAAGAUGAGUCUUUCUCCUGAUGGAAAUCUUCUGGCAGCCAUUCAUUUCUCUGGCAAACUGUCGAUAUGGGAGAUCCCAUCAUUACGACUACAGGGAGAGUGGUCUCAGAGUGACCAGCCGGAAUAUGAUGAGAUCAAUCCUGAUUGGCGAAGCUCAGUGGAGAAAAGGAAGAAGAUGAAAGAUAAAGAAUCCUAUUAUCCGCUGAUUGAUGUAAAUUGGUGGGCGGACAAUGCUGUGAUUUUGGCUCGCUGCUCCGGUUCUUUGACAGUGUCCUCUGUGAAAACAUUAAAGAACUUGCUUGGGAAAUCAUGUGAAUGGUUUGAACUCUCUCCACAAGUUACUGCCGCUCACGAUGGAGGCUUUCUCAGCUUGGAGUGUGAAGUAAAACUUGCUCCAAAAAGAUCACGCUUAGAGAUCCGAUCUGGUGAAGAAGAAUAUGGAGACCAAGACUCUGAUUUUGAUGACGAGAUGUCUGCCAAAGACAGAUAUUUGUCUUACAUCAAGCAAGGCCUGUACUUUGCCACAGAGAUGGAACGCUUUGCCCCUCCUCGUAAACGUCCUCGAACCAUUACAAAAACGUACAGGCUUGUCAGCUUGAGGUCCACAACACCAGAAGAACUUUACCAGAGGAAGAUUGAUAAUGAAGAGUACGGAGAAGCUUUAUCCUUGGCACAUGCAUAUGGACUGGAUACAGACUUGGUUUACCAGAGACAGUGGAGAAAAUCAGCUGUCAACGUCGCUACGAUUCAGGACUAUUUGAGUAAAAUUAAGAAGAGAUCUUGGGUCCUGCACGAAUGUCUGGAAAGAGUCCCUGAGAAUGUGGAUGCCGCCAAGGAAUUGCUGAUGUUUGGCCUUAAGGGAACAGAUCUGGAGGCACUUGUUGCCAUAGGCAAUGGAGAAGACGGAGGAAGGUUUAUAUUACCGGGAGAGGUAGACAUUGAUGAUGUUCCAUAUGAAGACUUCCUUACUCCAGAAGAGGAGGCAGAAAGCCGAAAAGAGAGAGAAACCCAGAGACAUAAAAAACUCCUGCAGCAGGUGGACUUUGAAGAAUUAACACUUGAGCAGAAGGAGAUCUGCCGCUGUAGGCUCAAGUUACUGACGUACCUAGAUCGCUUGUCAACAUAUGAGGAGAUCCUCGGGGGGCCUCAGGCAGCGGAGAAGAGCUACGAUGCCGACUUCUUCAAGAAGUUUAGGAACCAAAAUAUUGUGCUGUCAGCGAGAACAUAUGCUCGGGAAAGUAAUGUACAGGCUCUGGAUCUUCUCUUCACUUUCCAUGGGUCCGAUCUGCUCCCCCAUCGUCUGGCUAUUCUCUCUAAUUUCCCUGAGACCACUCCUCCUCAUAAAUAUGCCAUAUUGCUACCUGAGGCGAGCUUUGAAGCCGGCGUGCUGAAGAUUGUCGCCUGGAACGAGCAGGAGCACCGCGACAAAGACUGGUGCGAGGAGCCUCGGUGCAAGUUACAGGUAGAGCCCAGCUCAUCAGAUUUGGCUGAGUUUCUCUACGAGGAACAGCCUGAGCUACUGAGGUACAGAACAAACUGUCUGUCCAUCGACAUAGUGAAGAACUGGUAUUGGAACAGAGCUGAAGAGAUUGAAGAAUAUGCCAGACAGGUGGACGGUGCACUUUCAUUGGUACGCCUGGGAAAGGAGAAGAAUAUUCCUGGAUUGGAGCGGCUCUGUGAUGAUCUGGUCACGUUGGAGACCCUUGUGUACGAGGCCAACAGUGAUGUGUCUUUGACUCUGAAAGACCUGCACCAAAUGAAGGACAUCGACAAACUGCGGCUUCUUAUGGAAAAUUCCUCAGAAGAACACUACGUGAAGAACACCUAUCAAUGGAUGGUUCCUUUCCUCCAUCGUUGUGAGGCUCAGACUCCAGGAGCAGCAAACACACUGCUGAAAGGCUAUAUAGUAACCCAGGCCAAGGACGACCUUAAAUUCCCUCUAAAGAUUUUUCAGCAUUCCAAGCCCGAUUGCCAACAAAAGCUUAUCCCCGGUCAGGACCAGCUGAUGAUAAUCGCUCUAGAAUCCAUCUACAUUUGUAAUCGGGAUGACCAGCUUUCCCUUUGCUAUGACAUCCUUGAAUGCUUACCACAGAGGGGCUAUGGCGUGGAGACAGACAUAACUAAAUCUCUGCAUGACAAGGUGGAUCAGCUUGAACAAAUCCUCAGUGUGUCAGAGAUCCUGGAGAAGCAUGGAUUACAGAAACCCAUUUCAUUUGUGAAGGAAACACAGUCAAGUUUAGAAGAAGCUCGCAAGCUGAUUGUACGCCUUACCCGGCACACUGGUCGCAAGCAACCUCCAGUCAGUGAGAGUCACUGGAAGGGGCUGCUGCAAGAUAUUCUGGACAUGCAGCAGAAUGUGUACACAUGUCUGACUACAGAUGUCUGCCACGAGAUAUUUGCUGAGAGUUUGCUAUGUUCGGGUCGCCAUGAGAAUAUCCAACUGGCCGGGCACAUGAUGCAUUGUAACUCAACCUCUGUAGACCUUCCCGUAAGCAUCAGCUCGAAAGGCAAGCCACAGUACAGGGUCAACUAUGAGAAGAGCGUGGAGCUGGUGCUGGCUGCCAGCAGAGAAUACUUUAAUUCAUCCGCCACCCUCACAGACAACUGUAUGGAUCUGGCAAGGAGCUGCUUACAACUGAUCACAGACUGCCCUGACUCAAUCCAGGAGGAGCUGGACCUCAUACGAUCUCUAGGAUACCUGGAGGAGUUUGGGGUCAAAAUUUUGCCAUUACAAGUGCGCCUGUGCUUGAAACGCCUCAGCCUUAUCAAGGACUGUAUUUCUCAGUCCCCAACAAGUUACAAGCAGUCGGCAAAGCUGCUGGCCCUGGCUCAUCUGCUGCGAGUAGCAGGAAAUGAAGAGACAGAGAUGAAAGGACAGGUUCUUAUUCUUCUAGCUGAACAGGCACUUUAUUGCCAGGAUUACAAGGCUGCCAAUGGACACUGCCAAGAACUCAUGGCUGCUGGGUAUAAUAAAAGCUGGGAAGUUUGCAGCAAGUUGGGACAGUGUGAAAACUACGAGGAUCUUGGCACCCGUAAAGAACUGAUGGCCUUUGCUUUAACACAUUGCCCCCCUUGCGCCAUACAGACACAGCUAGCUGCCAGCAGCUCAUUACAAACACAGAUUCUCUUCCAAGCAGUAAAUUACCAGAUACACCCAGGCAGCGGCGGUGGCGUUGAAGGGCUGGAGAAUUCCCAGCAAUCUGGACCUCCUGGGACAGUCAGUAGAGAAACCAGUCAGGCCGAUUCCAAGCACCAGUCUGUGGAUUUGCUGCAUCGAACGACUGCUACAACCAUGAAAGUUCUGACUAAUACAACCCUGACUACUAAGGCUGUGCUGCAUGCUGUUAGUGAUGGGCAGUUCUGGAAAAAGUCACUAACUUACCUACGUCCUCUAAAUGGUCUGGAGCAGAGCAGCACGUCCAAAAGCGCCAAAGGCUCGACCACGCGAGGUGUUAGCCAAGGCUGCCAUCCCUUCUACGAAUCUCUAAUUGUCAAUCCUUUCCUUGCUGAAGGUGAAGAUACGUACACCGCAUACCAGCAAAAUUCCCAGGAAAGCUUUGCUGAAGUUCUUCUCAGGACAGGAAAAUUGGCUGAAACCAAAAGUGAAGGGGAUUCCCUCUUCCCUGCCACAGAAGUUCUGCUGCAGCUGGCGAGCGACACUUUGCCAAACGACAUCACCCUGUCUGUUGCCUAUCUACUUGCUCUACCCCAGGUGCUAGAUGCCAACAAAUGCUUUGAAAAGCAAUCGCAUUCAGCUCUGUCACUCCAGCUGGCGGCUUAUUACUACAGCCUGCAGAUCUAUGCCCAUUUGGCACCGUGCUUCAAGGACAAGUGCCAUCCUCUCUACAGGGCCGACCCAAAUAUGCUCAUCAAAUUGGUUUCGAAGUACGUCUCUGAUUAUGCCAAUACCAACUGGCCCAUUGAGCUGGUUCCUCUGAUUGAACAACUGCACUAUUACAAUGAGCGGCUGGUAGACUUCACUCAGGCUCAGAUUCUCCAAGGUCUUGGCAAAGGAGUAGAUGUGCAGAGAUUUGCCACAGACAGUCAGUACAAAACGGAGACCAUUCUUGGACUUGCGGAGACUCUUGAAGAAAAUGUCUACAAGAUUUCUCUCUCCUUGGCUCAGCGGUACAAAGUGCCUCUAUGGGAGGUUUACAUGACCCACCUGGAGUACUUGUUCUGUGACAGUGGGUUGUCUACAACAGAAAUAGAGGAGAGGGCUAAAUCCCUCGGCCUGUUUGACACUUUAAGAGCGAACCCUGAAGCUUUCCAUGAGCACAUGGCCAAAUAUGUCUACCCCACUAUAGAGGGCAGAGACCUCCAAAGACUGUUGUAUUACUUCACCCUCCUGGAGAACUGUGGCUGCUCACAACAUGUCAAACACCCCAUCAAGCCUGAAUCUCACGUGAAGCUACUGAAAAAGCUGAAGGCUGUGGCAUCAGGUCUGGAUUAUAAGAGAAUGACAGAUGUUAGUCUGAACCCCCUCGAGUCACUGGCACCCGUGCUCACCAGUCAUAAUGUACUUGCUAUUUCCAAGCUGGCUGCACGAAUCCCAGAUUUAGAUGGGAACAUGCUUUCCUCAAGCUCUGUGCAUGCAGCUUGGCUAAAGAAACUCUUCUGGAGCGGGGACCCACAGCUUCUCAAGGAAGCCCCGCAGUCUGCAGCUGAAUGGUCUCAGGCCUAUGCUAUCUGCAGGAAAUACUUUGACAGACUGACGCCCGGAGAUUUAAUGACUUUUAUUGAUGAAAUCACUUUCACCUCACAUGCUGUUGGCAAGUUGACAGUUGACGCCAGGAGGGAGAUGACAAAGAAGACCAUUACAGCAGUGAAACAGUUUCUCGAGAAACAUAGGAAGAAAACAUAUGGAGAAGUCUCUGAGACAUCACAUUCCUCGGUCACAUAUGAGGUGGUGUUGAGCCACCUAGAGCAGUCACUUGCUCACCUAGAAACUCUUGGUCAUGACUUUAUUGACCACUUGAGAAGUUUGGACCAGGACCGUGUGCAAAAGUAUUCACAUAUGUAUGAUCUAUCAAGAUCGGAGAAGGAGAAGCUGAAGAGCCUAGCAGUCACAAUGUGUCUAGAUGGGCAGUCUCUAAACACUAUACAGAAGCUAUUAGAAGUGGCAGUCAGUGAUACAGACAUUAGUCCAAAGGACGUUGUGCAGAACUCUACUGAGAAAAUCAUUACCAAACUAAGUGGGAAUGAUUUGGAUACGGGUACCAUUGAAGAUCCUUUAAAAAUUUUGGAGGCUAUUGUGAGAGAGGUGAAUCGGAGCACAGAGAGAGGGGAGAACCUUGUCUCCUCUGAUGACCUCUUGGAGUGGUUGCGGCCAUUUUGUGGUGACGAUUCACUGCCGGUGAAACCCAGGAUCGACGUUCUACAGAUUAUGGAACAGGCGUUUAAUCUGAGUGAUGAGGACAGCAAGUUAUUGGUGUUUUUCAGAACACAAGCCGUUUUGAAGGCUUCAUGGCCAGACAAGAAGGUGGAAGUGGCUGACAUUGAGAAUGAAGAAAAAAGAUAUUGUCUCUUUGUGGAGCUGCUGGGCAUCAGUCACAAGCACACAGAGUUCCAGCACUUAGUUUUACUUCUACAAGCCUGGCCUCCGAUGAAUGGAAUAAGAAUUGAGGAUAAUCCAUGGGUGAAGCUGGUGAAAGCCAUGCUCUCUGGCUGCGAGGCAGCGAACCGGGAGGGGACAUCCUCUGAAGUCCUGAAACUGUGCCGGUCCUUCUACAAGACUAGGCAUGCUUUUUCUGCAGAGUGCAUAGAUGCGAUCUGCUCGCUGAUGUUGGAGCACGACAUGCUGCUGACAUCACUGAAGUUAUUUAUUGAGAGCGGCGAUACCAAUCUCCAUUCAAAGGCGCUGGAGCUUUUAACUGCAGUUACCAAGGUCUCUGAUUCAAACUGUGACGCUGAAAUAAUUUCUCUUCUCCUGGAUUCCAAAUUGUUGGUAAAGUGUAUUGGCACCCUCUACUACCCCCAUCUGAUUAACCAUUUACUUGCUGCACCUGAGGAUGCCAGGUGGAAUGUUGAGGAGAUAUCAAAGGAGCUUCAAGAUUCUGGAUACAAAGCAGAAGCAGGAUCUCUACUGAUGUCUUACAGGGGUACACAUCCCGCUCUUCGAACCUUUACAUCUGCUCUCUCUAGUCUUAAACGUUGGUUGUAGAGGAUUAAAUACCAUGAGCACCAUUCUAAAUAACCUCAGGAUAGGGACUGUCAAUCUCUAUUUUAACAUGAUUGUUAUUGAAGAAGAGGUUUAUGACCCAUUAUGUGUUUUGAGUAAAAAUAUUGUGUCUGUUGAUACCUAUAUAAAUUUGGGAACGCAUCACAAUACAAAUGCAGUCUUAUCUGUGGGCAGCAAGUAAGGGAAUAGGAAGAACUGAGCAGAUUAUGUAUAUAUUUGUGAGAGAGAAUAAGCAUUCUGGUCUUAGAAGUCCAAUGGGUGGCCCUACUCUGUGAUUGACAGCUUUUUCUUUAUUCGUGUACAUAAAGUACCGCCCACUUCUCUCCGAAGCCCAGAAUAAGCAAAGGUUUUAAUGAAUAAAUUGCUAGAAUUUUUAUUUGCAAAAACAUAUACAAAUCCCCUCAGCUCAUUUUGCUCUUAAACGUGGUGCCUACAUAUUAGACAUUUUCACUAAAACAGGCUUCCUUUAAGGUUGUUUAGUUUGGAUGGUGAGAUUCUGUCUCCCUUAUAUCUCUGUGAAGGACAUAUGGAACCUUUUAGACUCCUUUUGCGCAUUAGCCCCACCUGUCAAUAUAUUCAUCCCAAAACACUUUUCUUAGGCACCUACCAAUUGAUAUCUAUAAAAGAAAACAAAGAGUUACUUAAAGAUGUUAACAGAUUAAUAUAAGUUAUCCCCUAUCCUCGCUGUCUAACCACAACCAAUACCCCCCCCUCAACCCAAACGCAAUAUCGACAACAGGUAACCAAGUCUACCAUGAGAAUGUAUUAGCAGUCAUAUAUGCACACCCAUGUCCAUGCUAUCUUCAGUGGCUGCCAUAAAGAAAGAGUGAACGACUGCCACUGAAUUCUUAGGGUACAUUUGGUUUAACAUUCUUGAUAUCAUGAGGGGCCGACUGCUAAGAUACACGACUGCCACUCUGUUCCCCGUUCUCGUAAUCGCAGAAGGUCCUCAUGGGAAUCCCCUUUAAUAGUUCACAACAUAAUAUGUUUUAUAAUGUGGAACCUGCAUAAAACCUGUAAUACCUGUAAUAAAAAAAACUGUUUAUAUCCUGUCAGGACUGAGGGAAAGUUUGAAAGUCCUGCUUCCCCUGCCCACAAAUUGAGGGAGAUUUAUCAAAACCUGUCCAGAGCAAAAGUUGCUGAGUUGCCCAUAUAACCAAUCAGAUCACAACCAAUCAGAUAGCUUCUUCCAUUUUGCAGAGGCCUUGUUAAAAAUGAAAGAAUUGAUCUGAUUGGUUGCUAUGGGCAACUGGACAACUUUUCCUUUGCACAGGUUUUGAUAAAUCUCCCCCAUUGUGACUGACAACUAUUCUUAUAUGAGUUUAUAUACCAUAAGAGCUGUCAGUCACCAUGUUUAAGUGGGGGAAACAGGACCCUCAGGCCUUCUUUUGCA